GCAGCUACCGUCUCUCUUUCCAAACUUCAGCGCAGCGGAAUCCCUUUAAGAAUACAAGACUUGGCAAAAUGAACUUGUCUUAUUUGGUAGCGUGUGGACUUAUGGUCACCCUGCUUUCAGUAAGGAUUGGGGCAAAACCUUUAUCUCCGGCGCAACAGAAGUCUCUUAGAAGUUUGCUGGGCGAGGAGCUGGCGGAGUUUCUGGAGUCGGAGGAGAGGGAGAGGCGGCUCGACGCUGUGCGCUCUCGGAUACGGUUACUGCGAGAUUUACGCAUGGACACCCGGGCUAAAGGGAUGUGGGCUCGUCUCCUCAAUGACCAACCUGCACCGAGGAGACACAAAUCAGGAAACAAGAAAGGGGGUUCCACGUCGCGGAGUGGCUGCUUCGGACACAAGAUGGACAGGAUAGGAACCAUCAGCGGCAUGGGCUGCUAGGGUUGGAGAAGCGCGGUUAUGAUCUCUGGACGAUGGGUUGGAAAACAAAAGUUCUGUUUGUUCUCACCUGAGGAGAAAAGAAGAAAAACUCAUCAAGUGACAGAUUUUCGGUACGAAAGUCAACACGUCCAGCAUAAACAAAGACUGAGAUGACGAUGCUACAAAACCCUCAUAUAAAUGUGUAUAUAUAUAUAUAUAUAUAUAUAAAUAUGAUAAAUAUGCAGGUAUAUAUAUACAUAUGUGUAUACCAUACAAACUGUCAACUGAUGCAUACUACAAGACAGCGGACAAUAGUGUAAACACUACAAACCGCAA